CAGGCGGCGCUGGGCUUUCUUUGCCAGUGAUGCGGUGUUGGUGGACCAGGAGAGAUCCUCACUGAUGUGCACCCCCAGGAAUUUGGCGCUGCUCACUCUCUCCACCACAGCACCGUCGAUGGUCAGCGGCAGGUGUUGGGUGUGACCAACAACAAUCUCCUUGGUCUUGUCGACGUUCAGCAGGAUGUUGUUGUCCCUGCACCACGUGUUCAGAAGGUCAACCUCCAGCCUGUAUUGAGUCUCGUCUCCCUUGGUGAUGAGACCCACCAGAGUCGUGUCGUCAGCAAACUUCGCUAUGCGGUUGUCGCUGUAGGUUGCAGUGCAGUCGUGCGUCAGGAGGGUGAAGAGCAGCGGACUGAGCACGCAGACUAGAUCUCUCAUGCGCGCUGUUGUUGGGAGCCCAUCUAAAGCGACCUCACCAUAGGGCGGCCAUUGGUUUUCACAGGGCGAGUCGAUCACUCCUUUCAUUACAGUCAAUGGAGCACGGGCUGUAAAUUGCGAAACACAACCGAUUUUCAAACGGUUUGUUUAAUCUGGCAAACCACAGAUUAAAUUACGGGCACCAACAACUAUGCAGCGUGCCUAAAAAAUGUGGUUUAAACCUUCAGCCUGAAUCAUAGCCGUGUUACAGAAAAUUGUUAUAAACCAAUCUGUUUGUAAAUACGUAAACAGUUCGUCAAGUUACGAGUACCGUUUUUUUCCGUGUAUAAUGCGCCGCCAUGUAUAAUACGCACCCUAAAAAUGGCAUGCUGAUGCUGGAAAAAAGCCUGUACCCAUGUAUAAUACGCACCCAAUUUUUAUGAAUUUUUUUAAAUAUAUAUAUAUAUAUUUUUUUUUUCUUUCUUUUUUUUUAAGUACCAAUGAUCGUCACACACGUCGGAAGGCAAUGGGUCCCAUUUUUAUAGUCUUUGGUAUGGUCUUAACUAGGCUGGAUGUAAUUUUUUUUGUUGCCGUUGAUUUCUCCAACUGCCCGUAAACGCACCACCGCGCUCCGUGCGCGCAUGUGAAAAAGGCGUGCGGACGUGAAAAAGGCGGCUCUGUAUGGGAGAGACGUUGAAGAGGAAUAAAAACACCCUUGGAAACCAAAACUUGCCACUCGUCGUGACUCGGAGCCGCAACAAAUGUUUCGGAUUUGUGUAGGGUACAUUGUGACAGACAGCAAACGAGCAGGUGAUCGAGCAAGCGUCUGAUACGAGAGCAUUGCGGUCGUAUGGAGCGUGUUUGAAGUGAACAGCAGAGACGAAAGGAACAAGGCAAAGUGUUGUGAAAUAAAAUAUUACAUGUAAUACGCAUUUUGUUAUUUGCUGAUUGAAACUGCUAAUUAAACUGUGAAUUGAAACUAAUAGGAAGAAAACAACUCUCGCUCUUUAUAUAGCUGACGUGUCUUGCGUAUCCGUAUGACGUCCGGUCCGCGAUGGAGAUUAAAAAACAAACAAUACUUGACAAUAACACACCAUCAAGGAUUGCACCAUCGCAUCAAACGAUGUGUCGUCAAUUAUGAAUUUUACUAAGUGUUGGGGAGGAUGGCUGAAUGCGAUGCGCGAUUGACAACAAACAAGAAGAAAGGUGAUUUCAAGUUUUAUUUCGGGGGAGAUUUGUCAUGUCUCGUCCCCAGUUUUGCUAUGUGUCUAGGUUGCCAUAGUUUCUGUUCGCGUCGCCCCUCUCUUCCUGUGUCACCUCAAUCGAUGUAACGUGUUUUGUAUUUAAGUCCUGUCUGCCCCUCGCUCACCGUCGGAUCAUUGCAUGUGUUACUGUCAUGAUGUGGUUUCUGUUCCUGUCUUUGGUAAUGUCACCCUGUCUUUUUGUUCCACGACUUUUUCGGUCAGUCCUGUUGUUGGUUUUGUUGUACCAUAACUUUCUUUAAAAAAAAAAAAAAAAAAAAACCUCAAAUUUUUUGUACCCAUGUAUAAUGCGCACCCCAGAUUUUAGGACAAUAAAUUAGUUAAAUUUUGCGCACUAUACACGAAAAAAAACGGUAUUUGAGUAAAUCAUCUACCGUAAUUUUCUGACUAUAAAUCGCACCGGAGUAUAAGUCACACCAGCCAUAAAAUGCCCAAAAAAGUGAAAAAAAACAUAUAUAAGUCGUGAAUCGUGUUGAAUUACUUGAGAAAAUUUGGAGAAUUUGUGGUGAAUUUAAAAAUUGAAAGUUUGGAAUAUUUGGUAAGUGGGAAGUUGUGGAAUAGGUAGGCCAAAGAUGAACAGUUGAAAGUUGGAAUGGGUUGAAUCGGUUGAAAAAUGUAGAAAUUAGAGUAGAAAAACGGAAUUUUAGAGAUUUUUGGUUGAAUUUCAAAUUUGGAAUUUUUGGUAAGUGGGAAGUUGUGGAAUAGGUAGGCAAAAGAUGUACAGUUGAAAGUUGGAACGGGUUGAAUCAGUUAAAAAAUGUAGAAGUUAGAGCAAAUGUUGAAUCCCUAUAGAGAAUGAAUGCGAAAAUAAAAAAAGCAAUUGCGCCAAAAUCUUUCUAGAUUUGGAACAAAACAAAAGAAAACGGCCUCAAGAGGUUCACCUUUGGGGUAAAAAUGUUGAAACGGGUUAAAUCGGACAAAAAACGAAAAUGUUAGCGGAAAUGUAGCUAUUUGGGGCACUUAGUGUUGAAAUAAGGCCACUUCCGGUUUGAUUCGGGUCAUUUCCGGUCUAACUUGGGUCACUUCCGGUGUAUUUGGGUCACUUCCGGUUUUAUAUAGGUCACUUCCGGUUUAGCUGAGGUCACUUCCGGUUUAUUAGGGGUCAUUUCCGGCUAAAAAAGGUCGCUUCCGGUUCAUUUGGGGUCACUUCCGGUUUACCCGAGGUCACUUCCGGUCUAUUCUGGGUCACUUCUGGUCUAUUUGGGGUCACUUCCGGUUUAUUUGGGUCACUUUGUCCCCGAGUUGCCGCCGAUUGCGGUUCUGUUUCCCCGAGUUGCCGCCGAUUGCGGUUCUGUUUCCCCGAGUUGCCGCCGAUUGCGGUUCUGUUUCCCCGAGUUGCCGCCGAUUGCGGUUCUGUGUCCCCGAGUUGCCGCCGAUUGCGGUUCUGUUUCCCCAAGUUGCCGCCGAUUGCGGUUCUGUUUCCCUGAGUUGCCGCCGAUUGGGGUUCGGUUUGCCCGAGUUGCCGCCCGAGUGCCGCCCUGAGACUGGAAGGUUGUGGGUUCAAACCCCGGCCGGGUCAUAACAAAGACUAUAAAUAUGGGACCCAUUGCCUCCCUGCUUGGCACUCAGCAUUAAGGGUUGGAAUUGGGAGGUUAGAUCACCAAAUGAUUCCCGAGCGCGGCACCGCUGCUGCUCACUGCUCCCCUCUCCCCCAGGGGAUGGAUUAACAUCACAUUGGGAUGGGUUAAAUGCAGAGGACAAAUUUCACCACGCCCAGAUGUGUGUGUGAGACCAUCAUUAGGACUUUCAUCUUUUUUAUUUUUUUUAUUUAACAUGCUGCGUGUAACGCAAAGGACAUUGAACAUAAUCUACAUGACACUGACGUACACUUAACAUAACAUAACAAUAUACAUUUAACAUACAGAUUGUAAUCCCAUAAAGUAUAAUUAUGUGUAAGAGUUCAAAAGUUGAUGUUUUAGUUGAUGUUUGAAUGUGGAAACAGAUUGUGAUAUUUUGAGGUUGUCACACUCAUACUGCUCGCAAUCUCCCAUGAGCCUCAGCAAAGUGUAAACAAUCGCGUUUCUCAAACGAGCUCCUAUAAAAUGAUCAGAACUGACUAAAGUUCGAUCUAAUGCAUUGGUACUAUUUACCUAUGUUUCCCUUCUAUAUCGAUCCGUAGAUUUACUCGAAACAUUAACGGAGCAGCCUAUUUUGAAAUGAAAUAGCCUCGCGGGUACAACAGCUAUUCGGUGACGCCCCCUGACUACAGUUACCGUAAUGUUGGGAAGCGAUGCGACCUUGUAAUUUACUAGUCGUACUAAAACGUACUAAAACAUUUUGGCAGAGCACUGUGUACAACCAGUAUGGAUCAACAAAUUCAUCACUUGAUCCAUAUAUAAGGCGCACCGGACUAUAAGGCGCAUGGUUGACUUUUGAUAAAAAUUUUGGUUUUUAGGUGCGCCUUAUAGGGCGGAAAAUACGGUAAUUGGUUUUCCCAAUGUUGAGGGAAAGUUUGUUUACUUUAAGCCAAGAGUUCACCCUCUGUAGUUCCUUGUUGAGAAAGUCAUGAAGUUCAUAAAUAUUAUUGUGUGAUACAAACAGGUUAGUGCAGUGCUUCUCAAAUAGUGGGGCGCGCCCCCCUUGGGGGGCGCGGUGCUAUUCCUGGGGGGGCGCGUGUGACCCUGGGGAACAGGCUUCUUUUUUGGCAGUACUCGAAUAAAGUGUAAUUGCGAAUCUUCACAGCAGGGGGCAGUGGCGCUCUCAUUGUUACUUCUGUGACGUUUGCGACAUUGCAACAUUUUACGACUUACAAGACAAGUUAGGAUAGUCACGGUGGGGAAGGGGGGGCGCGAAUAGUUUUCUUCUUACGCCCCGUAACAGAAAAUAAUUGAGAAGCACUGAGGUAGGGGGACAAAGGUGCAAAAAGAGACUUCUGGACCGUAGUCCUCGGGCAUAAAAAAAAAAUAGAAUACAAUAUAAAAAGAAAAAUAUGGAAAAAUAACAGCAAUUGUAGUAAAAUUAAGAAUAUAAGCUAUGAAUAUUUACAAAAAAAAAAAGAAGAUAAAAUGGUGGUAAAGUGUCGUAAAGUGUAUGAAGUGUAUGAAGUUUAGUAAUGCUAAUAACAAAAAGAAAUAGUGCACGGGUUAUAGAAGUGAAAUAGAUCUAUGCAUUGUGUGGCAGAGGAUAUUGCACAUGAUGCGGCUUAAUGAGGCCUCGCCUCCAAAUUUUGUGAGCUCGCAUGUGGCGCGUCCUCGAAAAAAGGGUGGGGGGUGUCGCCCUCAUCUCGAAUUCCGAGCUUAGUUUUAGGCCUCGUUCGAUCAACGUAUUUAAAACAUUUGAGGUUCUCACUGUCCGAUCCACCGCUUUACCGUCAUUUUAUCUUACUGUUAUUUACCGUCCACCCGGGGCUUACUCUGGCUUCCUGGAUGAAUUUUCAGAAUUUGUGGCUGAUCUAGUAUUCAAUGCGGAUAAUAUAAUUAUCAUGGGCGAUUUCAACAUCCACAUGAAUUUACCGUCAGAGCUACUUACUUCGGCGUUUCAGACUUUAACUGAUACGUUUGGUUUUACACAAGCCGUACAGGCAGCAACGCAUAAGAAUGGAAAUACCAUAGAUCUGGUAUUAUCCCGAGGACUUGCAACCUCAAAUAUAGCAGUACUGCCAUACACUACUGUUUUGUCUGAUUAUUACUUAAUAAAGUUUGAGAUUCUAGUUCCUUGUCAAAGACAAGAGAGCAAUCAGCAUUAUAGGAGCCGUCAUCUCAACUCCAUGACUUUAACUGCGCUAUCUGAGAUACUGUCGCCGGCAACCGCUAUAUUUCUCACAUACGCCGGCUCUAUUGAUAAUCUUACAAAUGAAUUCAAUGCGACAUUGUUAAAUGCCAUUGACUCUGUGGCGCCGUUACGUCUGAAAACUUGCCGUAGAGUGCCUACUCCGUGGUUCACAGAUGAAACGCGUACGCUUAAGCAAUUGUGUAGAAAGUAUGAGCGCAGAUGGCGUCUAACCAAACUUGAGGUUUUCCAUCAGGCAUGGCAGGAUAGCCUCCUGAAAUAUAAAGAUGCGCUUAUCUUGGCAAAAACUCGGUAUUUUUCGCAAGUUAUUAAUCUCAAUAAAAACAAUCCGAAACACCUAUUUGAUACAGUGGCAAAGCUGACUCUGCGCCAGCCGACCCCUGAUAGUUCCUUCCACUCAGCUGACGAGUUCAUGAAAUUCUUUGCUCAAAAGAUUGAAUCCAUUAGGGAUGAGAUCAAGAAUACCAUUUGAAUCGCUCGGUCGAGCCCGCCGUUUACCAACGCUGAUGAUCAUGCAACAACCCUCUCAACUUUUAAAAGCGUGUCUCUUGAAAGGCUUACACAAUUGGUUAGUGCGGCUAAACAAACAUGUUUACUCGACCCUCUUCCAGCCAAACUGCUUAAAGAAUUAUUUCAAAUUUUAGGACCGUCCGUCUUAAAUAUAAUCAAUCUGUCUGUCUCCUCUGGGAUAGUGCCAACAGCCUUUAAAACCGCUAUCAUUAAACCGUUACUUAAGCGACCAAAUCUUGACCCGGACUGUCUCAGUAAUUAUAGGCCAGUUUCAAACCUCCCAUUCAUAGCAGAACUUCUUGAAAAAGUAGUAGCGCAGCAGCUUAUCGAUUACAUGGUCGCCAAUAAUCGAUAUGACACUUUUCAGUCUGGUUUUAGAGCUAAUCAUUCCACUGAGACUGCACUUGCUAAAGUGACUAACGAUCUCCUCAUAGCUAUGGAUUCAAACACUUCGUCUGUACUGUUACUACUCGAUCUUAGUGCUGUCUUCGACACUGUAGACUUCGAUAUUUUAUUAGGGCGUCUUAAAAGUUGUGUUGGUAUUUCAGGGUCAGCACUAGGCUGGUUCCAUUCCUAUCUAUCAAACAGGACGCACCGAGUGGUCCAUGGCAAUGCGUCCUCGGAGCUCUAUAAUGUUACGUGUGGUGUCCCACAGGGAUCGGUUCUCGGACCAAUUAUUUUUAAUAUUUAUAGGAUUCCGCUUGGGGACAUAAUACGUAAAUAUAAUAUUAGUUUUCAAUGCUAUGCGGAUGACACCCAAUUUUAUAUGCCGUUAUCGAUGACAGAUCCGCGGGAUUGUUGUAAUCUUGAGGCGUGCCUUGCGGAGAUCAAGCAAUGGAUGUCUCUCAACUUCCUUCGUCUUAACCCAGAUAAAACUGAGAUGUUGAUAAUUGGUCCAACUCGUUGUCAACACUUAUUCAAGGAAACCGCUAUAACUAUAGAUAACCGUACUAUCACUCAAAGCGAUACUGUAACUAAUCUCGGGGUAAUAUUUGACCAAACUCUCUCCUUUCAAAAGCACAUUAAGAAUAUAACCAGAAUUGCGUUUUUUCACCUUCGUAAUAUUGCAAAGAUUCGUCCGAUCCUCUCGACCGGUGAUGCGGAAACUAUUAUACAUGCGUUCGUCACGUCGCGCCUGGACUACUGUAAUGUACUAUUUUCGAGUCUUCCUAAGUCCCGCAUCAAAAGUCUACAGUUAGUACAAAAUGCUGCUGCAAGGCUGCUCUCUCGGGCAAGAAAAUUUGAUCACAUUACCCCAAUACUAGCCAACUUACAUUGGCUCCCGGUCCAUUUAAGAUGUGACUUCAAGGUUCUUCUAUUAACCUAUAAAUCAUUACAUGGCUUAGCGCCUUCAUAUCUCGUCGACCUAGUUGUUCCUUAUGUUCCGUCUCGUAACCUUCGUUCGCAAAACGCUACCCUUUUAGCGACACCGAGGGCCAAGAAAAUGUCUGCAGGCUCUAGAGCAUUUUCUAUUCGGGCUCCAGAGCUUUGGAAUGCCCUACCAAUGGAUAUUAGGACUGCUACCUCAGUAGAAACAUUUAAGACACGUUUAAAGACACAUUUCUAUGACAUGGCCUUUAACUAACCUGUAGUGGCCGAUUCGGCUGGAGUUUGUUUUCUUUCCCUCUCCACCCCCUCCCUCCCCCCUCCCCGGCCGGGGAGGUGGUUAGGUGGCACCCAUGCUGACAGCGGCGAUCUGGAUUCUCGUGGGCCAAUUCAGGAUGGGGGAACUGCAGCUCAACCUCCUCGAAGACACUGCCAGGACAAUUGAGGGCUCCUUCGGCAGCCCUCUGCUCUGACAUGGACAUCCACUUCUUAUUUCAUUGAUUUUCAUGUUGUAUCAUUUGUGUCCUCUCUGCAUCCAUUUCAACCUGGUGAUCCUGAAAGGGGGAUCCUUUCAUCUGUGGUCCCUUCUCAAGGUUUCUAAUUUUCCCCCGGAAGGGGUGUUUAAGUUUUUCCUUGCCCUUUUGGGAGCUUAAGAUCAGGGGAUGCUUUGAGAAUAAUUGUCAAUUUCUGUCUAUGUGAAGCCCUUUGAGACUGCUUGUGAUUUAGGGCUAUAGAAAUAAACUUGAGGAAACUUGGGGAUUGAAUUAAAUACAUUAGAAUAGUGUACGCCUAAAGAAAUAGCUCAUCAAUUGGAGCAAAGUAAAAAAAUAUUUUAUAAUUAUUAUUAUUUAUUUUAUUUAUUAUUUAUUUUAUUUUACUUAAGUAAAAUAAAAUAUCAACUUGGACGCAUGUUUUACCUCCCCCAACUAGGGGCAGAAACUCGAGUUUUGGGUUAAAAGUAAUCGCUUUUAUUUCCGGUAACGGUUCGUCUGGUAAUAAUUUUAAAAUCCAGGAAGGAAGAAGCGCCGCCGCCGAGAGGGUCCCGUUGUUCAAGUUGCGAAAGUCGACGUUGCUUCAGAAAAAGAACAAACCAACUUACUUUUCUGUAAGACAAAGAAGGGCUGCAUUUAGGUACGUAAUAAUUUUGAACAGAGCAUGCUCUGUAUGUUUCAAGAAUGUUUUUGCGAGUGGUUUGUUUGUUUGUUUGUUUGUAUGUGUUUGUUAGGGGGUGGUUUGGUAAAGUUAACAUCCUUUACUUUUUUAAACUUGGUUAAAACUUAUUCAUCUUACGUUUUUAAUGUAAGGCAUUUUAUGUUGCUUGAAAUGUAGACCCAUAUAAACUACUUUGGCUAGUACAGUGGCGCCUCGGUUUUCUGACACAAUCCGUUCCAGAAGGCUGUUCGAGAAGUGAAUCGUUCGAAUUCCGAAUCAUAUUUUCCCAUUACAAAUAAUAGAAAAAAAUGUAAUCCGUUCCAAGCCCAAAAAAAAACCCGCCUUUUUGAAGCAUUUUUUCAUUUGCGCAUUUUUGUCCAAUCGUGCAACUGCAGCGUACCGCCGAACGCACAACCGUAGCGCGUUGCCGAUUAUUGUGACAGAGCAGUCGCUGAAAUUUAGAAAAUAUUUUUAAAGUCGUCCUGUACUUUCCAAAAUUUAAGUGGACAUCAGUGCGCAGGGAGUUUAAUUUUGUCCGAUCGCGCAACUGCAGCGCACCGCCGAACGCGCAACCGUUGCGCGCAACCCACCGCGCAACUGCACCGCGCUGGUCGCAUUAUUGUGACAGAGCGGUCGCUAAAAUGUAGAAAAUAUUUUUAAAGUCCUAAUGUACUUUCCAAAAUUUAAAUGGACCUCAGUGCACAGGGAGCUUAAUUUUGCUUUAGGUGCGUCUUUGUGUUUUAGGAUGGCUUUACUGCUCCCACUUGCUUCCUUUGGAGGCAUGAUUAGUGUUGGGUUCACAACAUUUUUCUGAAAAGAAUCUCACAGAGGCAGGAUAUCUCUUUUUGGCGAACGAUCAUCUGCAGAUGGGCUCAAUCCCAGACACAGCGAGUGUCGUUGGGAUCUGCGCCCUUCCUUCAGUUUGGUCGUGCCUUUUAUUGAGGAACAAACAAAGGGGCAAGUGUACAUGUACAUGAAUGCAUAGCUUCUUUAGACGGGAAGGACAUUCCACAAUUACAUCUCAUGACCACCGCGCAACAGCGAUACUAUUAGGACAGAAGCGGUAUGGUCGUCCCAUGACUUUAGCUAGACAAAAGACGUAGUCUUAGUGCUCAUGGGAUGGAUACCUCUGUUGGAGUUCUCAUGACUUCUACUUAAAUAAGACGUUUGUCUGCUUCAGCCAUCCCAUGACAACCUCAUGAUAUGUACAUGGAUAGCUAACUAUGGGCUCAUUGUAUAGCGCGGCUCGUGACUCCACACAUGAGCUCCUUAGCCAGCCAUCUGCUCCCAAGACAUUAUCACGAGGCCAAACUAUCACAUGUUGCGGAGAAUCUUGCACACAUAAGUAGAUACAUAGAAUCCAAUGAUAAAAAGUAUAUUUUUCCCAACAAUUAGAGUUGAUGCAAUCCUAAGAGUAACGAGAACGUAAUAACGAAUGGAGUCAGUUGGCAUGUGGGUCCUCUCGGCUCAUCUCGCGAGGUUCGACAACCGAAUUCGUCCGACAUCCGAAGCAAAAAAAUCUCGAAUUUUUUGUUCGAAUACCGAUUUGUUCGAGAACCGGGACGUUCGAAAACCGAGGCUCCACUGUAGUUGGAGUGAGCGUGUUUUUCCGGGGUUGGGGUGUUAUUUGCAGGGUACAAGAAAGUUCCAAAACCAUCCACUCCGGAUGAGCUCUGGGAUGAUGGCAUGGCAAAGAUGUAAUUUCCGUUUUUUACCCAUGGAUUUGUGAUUCCAAAUUUAGCUCAAGGAGUGGCACGUGAAAAAGUAGGUGUUUAUCUUCUGAUAGGCUAUGCAAAAAGUGUAUGUUGUAAUUGCAAUCUUCAAUAUGGAACUUGCAUUUAUGACAUGUCAUUCAUUGCCUUGACUUUCACACUCCGGAAACCAUGGCGGAUGUCAAAGUGCAAAAUAAAACCCAGGUUUACCCUGUACAUUUUCAUCAUUUGGAUAACAACUUGUAGAACAAGCAAUUUUAUCAGUACAAUUUUAAAAUAACGUGAUUGGAUAUGUACAACAGCCAAAUUAAUUUGCACCACAUUCAAAGGCACAGACAGAAUGCCACCAUAUUUUUUUUUCAAACAGGGCAAAGUUUACCAUUGGAGAAUGGUUCAUUUGAAUCUUGCAGCUAACAUUUGCUUCAUUCUUCAACAGCUAGGACAGGGGUGGGCAAACUUUUUGACUCGCGGGCCGAACUGGGUUCUAAAUUUGGACCGGAGGGCCGAACCAGGAGCAGAUGCACGUAGUGUUUGUGUGAAGUAAUAUAAGCGACCUGUAAAGGCCAUUGCAUAAAAUACUUUGGCCUUUAGUAGGUAGUAAAGCAUGGAUAUUCCAAACAAGUUUUUUGAAAACAAAUGCAUUCAUUAACAGCAUUAAAAGAAAAAUCACUAAAGAACUGCUAUCAGUGAUUCUCAUAAAAUACGACACUGUUAUUAUGAAUAACAGUCUCCAUCACUUCAGUGCCUGCAGGUCAGAUUAAUGAAAGAUGUUUAUCUUAUGAGAUCACAUCAAACGGCAAACAUUCUGACCAACUAUAUCAUCUUGAAGAAUCGGCAAAAGCAUACAUCCAAAUAAAGUACCGUUUUUUUCCAUGUAUUAUGCGCAAAAUUUAACUAAUUUAUUGUCCUAAAAUCUGGGGUGCGCAUUAUACAUGGGUUUGUGGGUGGCUUUAGCGUAAAACUGUAUCUGAAAGCUCAGCGCGCGAAUUACAAGAAUGCUGUCGUCACAGCCCACCCACGCUCUAAAUUCAGGACUGAUACAAAUAGAGCGCGAGUGCGCCAUGUCCGUACUACUGAGUACGUACACGCACUUGUGAGUGUGCACCGAGCUUUCUGACACGGCUUGCGGUAGUACAUGGGCAGGCGAGCGGUUCCCCAUCUACUGGGGAAACGCAGUCAUUGCAGGCAAAAUGACCAAAAAAAAUGUUUAAUAAUACAAUUUAUUCAGGGUUGGCGGGCCGGAUUAAACGGUCCCGUGGGCCGAAUGUGGCCUGUGGGCCGUAGUUUGCCCACCUCUGAACUAGGAGGUGAUUGUGAAACGCCCAUGACAGGGAAAAGUAAGAGGGGUUUUUUUCGUAGGCAUUAGUCAUUUAAAAAGAGGUCAUAGCUGUAGUAAUUUAAGUGAGUAUUUCAUUUAUAUUUCUCUUUAUUCUCAGAGCUUCUGAAGGUCAUCGUGGAGCCCCCUCUGGCAAUCCCUGGGCUGAGGAGCCUCAACUCUCGUUCAGAAUGUGACGCGGAGAGUGGACGCUGCUCAUGACUGAUCUAGAGACCUUUGACAUGAUGUCCAAGGAAAUAAAUGACAAACAGGAUGCAAGACUGAAUGACAGAACGAUUAAGCUUAGAAUUGCUUAGUCAAAUUUUCGGAUGUCCCCCCACACACUCUUGAUAGCUUACAAUUUGUAAGGUAUCAAGAGUGUGUGGGGGUACAUUUGUAAAUUACAAAUGGAACCUGUAUGAUUCUGUUUGGUUUAAUUGCUGUACUGUCAAAGUUACUGACUUUUCAGUUACUUUUUUGCUUGAUUUACAAGAAAAAAAGUCCUCAAUUCAAUUUUUUUCUACUCUUAAUUCCACUCUUCUGACACACUGUUCAUAAUUCCUUGUAUACAGAUUGGAAAGCAGUCUUGUGUUAGGAGGCCGCUGAUUUGAAGACCUGCAUGUUUUCAAGACCAUGGACCAACUCGACACAAAUGACGUUCAAUAUGCGUGCUCGUGUGACUCGUCCAAAAUGCCCUCAGGAAGACUGCUGAUAUCCUGAGUAAUCCCAAGGUUUACAAAGGGUGGUGCCUGAUGUACAUCAAGUUCAUCUUUGUAGAAGCUGUUGGCGACAUGCACAGAGGCCACGGAUGAUGAAACAAGGACCGCAAUGGCUUUAAAAUUAAAAUGGGCUCCAGAGCGGAGUAGAAAAGAGAGUGAUGUUUAUAUUGUUGUGUUUCGCCAAGCUGGUUGUUUUGUUUAUAUCCUACAUAAAAUAAGUAUAUAUUUAUAUUGUAACGUAGUAGUUUUGUUCUAUUAAAUAGUCUCCAUUUUUUAAUACUGUACGUAUAGUUUUACAUUUUUAAACAUAUGAUUUAAAAACAUUGCACAUUCAUAUUUGUGAUGGUUGGAUGAUGUUUGAAAAAAUGUAUAUAUUUAGGUUCAAUUGUCGUUUUGGUUAAUUUUAACAUCAAAAGGUGUAUUUAUAUCUGCAGGUAACAUACCGUAUUUAUCGAACUAAAAGUCGCUCCGGAGUAUAAAUCGCACCAGCCAUAAAACAUACAAUAUAAAGUGAAAAAAAACAUAUAUAAAUCGCACCGGAUUAUAAUUCGCACUUUUGGGGCAAAUUUAUUUGUCAAAAUCGAAGACCAAAAACAGACAUGAACCAGCAACAACAGGCUAAACAAUACGGUAUGCUAACGUGACAUAUACACAAACGAGGAGCUGAGAACGGGCCUGACGUAACAUUCAGAGAGAGGGAACGUGACACAGGAUUAUAUAACGUUUUUUGUAUUUGAUGGACUUAUUUUUCUGUUUCCAAACUUUUUUCACCUUGGUGAUGCACUAAGUGCGGAACAGAACUUGAUUCACGAGAGUUGGUUCAGAAACCUCUGAACUAAUAACAAAGCUGAUUUCUUGUGCGAGUCGCAAGAUGGCGAGCCACCAAAGAGGCCUUUGAAUUUUUUCUCACGCAGGAGCGAAGAGCACUUGCUGGACGAGGUUCAUCGAACCUGGUAGGAUCUAUCCAUAUUUUUUUUUCCCCACUGCUACACCGAGGUGGAUUUCAGAAAGGAUUGAUUGACUCUUCAGGAACAAAGCAGGAGAAACAAACUGAAGGGAUAGAGACAUUUGGAUAACGAAAGUCGUUCAGUUUUUUGCUGAAUUGUUUUGAGUUUUGUACAUUUUGUCACUUUAAUUUUUUUGUGAACUAUAUACACGAUGAUGCUGAAAUGGUGUUAUUGAAAUAUUGAUUGGUGUGAACAAAACCAGUGAAAUCGAGGGAAUUUAAAAGUGGCUUUACUGAACUCAAAUUAGAUUUACUAUUGUUUUCGAAUUACUUACCCGUAUUGAAUAUUAUUCAAACAACACAAAGUGAGGUAACUAAACCGAUUGAACCUUAGAAUUAAUAAAACAACCCGGGUUUUAAUUGAAAUUCUUUAAACUGGAAAGUUUACUGAAAGGAAACUUAUUUUCUUCAACUAACGUUGAGUUUAAAUGUAAAUUGUAUGUCUAUUGUUGUAAAUUGUAUGUCAACUAUUUUUCUCUAUUUUUCUCUUCUAAAAUAAGCCGGCAGUUCAAUCCAAACCUUGGUCUGUGGUCAUUUAUUUUGCUUACUCUAUCACCACUGCAAAUAUAGCCGAACUUAGAAUUGGUCCAUGAUCUAAAUUACUGUAAGCACUGUCCAAAACAACGAAGGUGUUACAGAAGUGGCGAGCCAGCCAGGAGUGGUGGUUAAUUCAAAUAAUAUUACCUGACCCAGACCUUAAAAUAGACCAAGCCGGGAAAAAAAAUGGAGGUCAUUGAUAAAGAAAAUAUUAAAACCCCAAACUCAGUUAUAGUUAGUGGGCUCACUGACACUGAUGAUGAAGAAUUAACUGACUUCCUGAGUAGGUACGGGCAGAUUGCUAGAACAAUUCAAAUAGAUGAACCGCAGUCUUCCUACCACAGAAAGGCCAUUGUGGAAUAUGAGAGCGGCGCUGCCUUGACCGCACUUGAACCUUUACUGCCCCAUACACUUGAAUGCUCCAAUGAAGUCUCUUACCACAUCA